UUGGUUUAUAGUGAGUACGCGCUUUCUGUCUACUGUGACCAAAAUCUCGUUUUUUUUCUAUAGACGUUUGUUUAUUUUUAUCGAAUAUCGACUUGUUUUUGAAACGAUUGAUUCCACCUUUGUGAUUAACUGGUGUAUUUUAGACAAUUUAUUCAGACAUUAUUUAGUAUAUUAUGAAUUAGUUCCAUACUGAAGUAAAGAUGUUUCGUACCCUCAUUCAGGAAACAUCUGCACCUAAUUUAGGGCGCCAUCGAUCUUUGAUUGAAGCUUUAUUUGGGGUUAAAAAUGAUCAUUCGAGUGAAAUUUUCGAAGCUGACGAUGAUGUUGAAUGGACAUGGGAUAAUGCUCCAGAAACUGACUUUGUAGUUUUAUUAAAUAACAACCGAGAUGUUAAAUUUCAUAGAAAUAUCAGUAGUGGUACUGCUGUUGUUCGAGGAACUCAACCCAUGUCUGAUGAUCAGUACUUUUGGGAAGUGAAAAUGAUAUCUCCAGUUUAUGGAACUGACAUGAUGAUAGGUGUUGGAACAUCAGAAGCUGAUAUGUCUCAAGUGCAUGACAAGUUUAUUAGUCUCUUAGGAAAUGACAAUAAAACUUGGGGAUUAUCAUAUACCGGUUUAUUUCAUCAUAAUGGGGAAGCACGAGAUUAUGGCACUCGUUUUGGACAAGGGAGUGUUAUUGGUGUUCAUUUAGAUAUGUGGAAUGGGACUUUAUCAUUUUAUAAAAACAAAAAACAUUUAGGUAUUGCUAGCAGAGGAUUGAAGGGGAAAACUUUAUAUGCUAUGGCAUCUUCCACAGCAGCCUGCAGUAGCAUGAGAAUUCUUCGAAGUUGCUCUUUCCCAUCUUCUCUUCAAUACCUUUGCUGCAGCAGACUUCGAGAAAUAAUUCCUGAUGAAAAAGACGUACUCAAAGAAAUCACGCUUCCUCCUGGACUUAAAGCUUUCUUGGAAAACAAUUUGGGAUGGCUCCUCAGCUCCAGAUACACCGAAACUCUUGUUCACCAUUGCAUGCCUUCUCCUAAGAGACGAGGACACUGGGCAUUUGGUCUAGAUGCAGUAACUGAGAUGUGGCUUGAUGACUCGGAAGAUUCUCUUCCCAGUAGUUCUUCAGCUAAUAAUAAUAGGGGCGAAGCAAAUGUUGUUUUGGUUCAAAACAGACCUUUCGUUUUAUGUACCUGUUCUGGAAUUCGCAGUUCUUCAUCAUCAACAACUUCAACCGGAUAUUCUACUGGUGCUGUAAACACAGACAGCAACUGCAGUUGUGCCAGCAAUGAGAAGUCUCCAAGUCAGGUUACUGCUUUUGAACCAAGAAUUCUCAGAGCCUUUGAUGAAAUUAGGAAAUCUGAAACUGAACAAGACCAACCUAUAGAAAUGGAUGAUGUUCAUGAAGAUAGUGGUAAUCCAAUUGAAAGUGAAGCCAAACGACGCCGUUGUUCGUAUAAUUAUGCAAUGGGAUUAUCUGAUCCAGAUAGUGAGUGACUGGAACAAUUAUUUAUUUUCAAGUAUAAUAAUAAUGAAAAUACUUUUUCAUGUUUGUGGUUCAUCUAGUUUGUUUUAUUACAUCAAUAGGGUUCAUAAAGUACUUGAUUUUUUUCGAAAAUCUAUUAUACAUAAUAAAAUUGUAUUUUAUUAAAAUUUAAAAAUAGAUUUUGUCUUUGUAAGUUAGAGUUACUAAUUUGUAAAUUUUUAUACAAUUCAAAAUCUUCUGAAGCCAGCUAAAUUGCCAUUUUCAUUUAUAGUUUGAUAAUAGUGAUUAUAACUGCUUAAGCUUUAAACAAAUGAUUUUAAUUUAUAAGUAGCUACUUUCAUUAUAAAGAGCAAUAUGUAAAUGCUCUCUUCAUUUUUGUUAUUGUUUGCUGAAUUAUCAUGAUAUUGCCUUUCAUUUUAUUUUAACAAAUAUUCCAAAUACAGCAUUUACAAGAAUCAAUGAAAACGGGGAAAAAUUCUGAUUGUAUUGCUUGAUUGUUUUAAAAUUAUUUCAAGAUUAGAUCAUCUGUUAUUCCUCCAAACUUUACAUAAGCAAAAAUUUUCUUCUGAAUUAUUCUUUAAAUUAUUUAUUUUAUUCAAAAAUAUUUUUAUUGUUUGCAUAUUAAAAAUGAUUAUUUUUUUCCUUUAAAGAUUAUUUAUUAGCUUUACUGCUGCAAGAAUGUUUGAAAUGCCCAAAUAUUGCUGCAUUUUAGCAGCAAUUUUCUUACUGGUAAAAAAAAAAAAAGUUAAAUUUUGGCAGUAGCUACUAUUGUUGAGUCUAGAGGAAAGUUUUAGAAGUAAUUGCAUUCAUGAAAUUUUAAUAUUAUAUAUUUGCAUUUUGACUUUAAAUUUUUUUUUCUUGAAAUUUUUUCUAAUUCUCAGAUAAAUUAAAUAAUUCAGAGCUGUUCUAGAUUUUAAUCUCAUUAUGCUAUUGUUAAAAAAAAUUCUGUCAGAAGUAGUGAACAUAAUUUUAAAAAAUCAUUACCGCUAGAAUCAAUAUAUCAUGCUCUGUUUUUUGCAUGACUGUAAUUAAUACAAAAAUUCAAAAUUUUGUCAUUUGUACACAUUAAAGGUCAAAAACUAUUAUGAAAUUGUGACAUUUUCUUUUAAAAAUUCUUUCAUUUAGGUAAUUAUGUAAAUUAAUAUAGUAAAUUGUAGAUAUUUUCUGGCUGUUACUGAUGAAAAUAGGAUUUUUCUUUGUGAAAAAUUAACUGUAAUGUAUUUUUUUGUUAGAUUUUAUUGAAUGUAUGAGUAUAUUUUUUGUUGAUCCCUUAUUGUAUAAUUUGUAUAUUGACUAUAUUUUGUAUAUUUUGUAAAAAAUGUAAUUAAUGUUUACCAUUAUUGAUAAUCGUAAUAUAAGGAUCCUUAAGAAAUCUACCUAUUAUUUCUGAUAUCUGCAGUUCUGAGACUUAUAAUUCAAAUGGCAAUAGUUUUUUUUUUUUUUUUCCUUUGCCUCUUAAAAAAUAUAACGAUGGACAAAUAUCAAUAUAUUUAAUAUUAUUUUACUCAUUUCAUAUAAUUUAAAGCAUACAACAUAAUAAUCAAAAACUGAUACUUCAUAUACAUAUAUCAAAUUUAUGUAAUAUUAAUCCUCUUUUAAUCUAGUUUUAAUCUAAAAUCAGAAAAUUGUAAUUUAUUACAAUACAGAAAUUUUGACAACUUAAGCUGCUUCAGUUUAUCAGGUAAGUCUGAUAAACUGAAAGUAUUUAUAUAAUAUAUUUUUUGUACUGAAAAUAAUUUUAGUUGCUUGAUUAAUAACCUUCAGAUGCUCUGACCAUGAAUGAUUCUGAGAAUCAAAAUUAGCUCUUUUUGUUCACACCUAAUUGCACCAAAUUUUAGAUUAGAGCCUUGAAGGUUAAUUUGAAUUGAAAAUUAAAAAAUAUCUAUAAUAAUUAAUAUAUUUUAUCUUUACAAAAAAUAAUAUUUUUAAUAUAAUGAACUUAAAAAUAUUGAAUUAAGGCUGGCCAUUAAAAAUUCUGGACUUUUUAAAUCACUAUUGCUACAGUAAUUUUUCAAAAUACAUAUCUAAAAAGAUAUGCACUGAGCUAUCUCGCUGAUGUUAAGAAAGUAAAGACAUUUAAAAUCAUAAUUCCUUUUUUGUAUGUAUGUAUUGAAUGAUAUACUCAUUGAUGAUGUUGUCUGUUCAUUUUUAAUUUCUAGCUGAUAGUUUAAUUUUUUAGAUAUAUGAUAUCAAUAUUAGUUGUUAUAUGCAAAAUUGGACAUUCCUUUUCUGAAGAAGCUAAUAAAAUUUUCUUGCAGUUACUUUUAAAAUAUUAGCUUUGAUAAUUAUACUCUUUAAGAUUUUUAGAUUCAUAGCUGUACUUGAGGUGUAUGAAUUUUAAUUUAUUGUAUUCAAUUAUUAUUAGUUAAUCUGUUCAAAUAUUUUUAUGCACAUUUUAGUUGUGUAGUUAUAUUACUAUUAAAGAGUACAACUCAUUUACUACUUAUUGCUUAUGAAUAACUUUCUCUUGAAUUAUAAUUUAUGAAAUCAUUUACGAAUGUAUUAAAUUAAUAUUUCUACACACGAACUAGCUAUUCUAUGAGCUAACUAAUAAGAAUUUGCAUUUUUUAAAACUAAUAUAGCUGCAUUAUUCAGCAUAUAAAAUUUUAUUUAUAAAUAUACAAAACACAUGGAGUUGUUUGUUCAGAAAUUUCUGAAGUGACUUAGAAUUGCAUAAAACUUAAUUUUUAAAACAAGGGGUUUUCUUUGUUGCCGUGUUAUUUCCUGGGAAUUUUGGAUUUUUUUUGUAAUUAUGCUUGAAUAUGUAUAGCUAAUGACUAGGGCAAUUUAGCUAUAUAUAGUUUUACUUAACAUUUUUCUUCUUUACUUGUAAAGUUUGAACUGCAGUCAUUAUUGUAUAAUAUAUUACAUGAAAAAAUAGAACACAAAUGUAUUUUAAACUUUAGCUGUCUCCUUCUGUUAUUUCAUGAAACAGACAUUUUUUGAAGUAUAUUUUAAGGUAACAUUACUAUGUUUUUGUUAUUUUUUGGGACUACAUAUUACUGAGUACCUGGGGAAAUUGUUUAAAUUCUCUUUUAAGUAUUAGUAUGUAUUGCAUAAUUGUCUUAUUGUAAAAAAUUUUUUUUCUUGUAUAAAAAAUAGUCUGUUAUUUCUUUAUUAAUUUUAAAUUAGUUUUUUUCCUUCACUUUUUUCUUGGUUUCUGCAUAUCAAAAAAUAUUGUAUUCUCUUUUUUGUUUUGUUUGUUUGAGACUUUAUUUGUAACU